CGACACUGCGGCAGUACCGAUAGCCGCUCUAUCUUGCGUUCCUAGUGAAGAAAACGCUUUGUAUUGUGUAUGCGUUGUUGUUGUUGGAAGAAGGAAAUUAUUCAGAAUCGAGCUAACUAGAGGCCUAGGCCGUAAGCCUAAACUAGUCCUUGGCAGAUUCCAGCACCUUCGUCCGUUCGCUGCCCGUGACCGUCGUCGACGUGACCAUUGGAGCUGAGUGUGAGUGGCCUAGGCCUAGCUUUUGCUGACAUGGUUAUACUUAAUUUAAAAGACCUAGACGUUGAUCAUGUUGUCUUUUAUAAUUGGGAUCAAGACCAGCACAAAGUUUAUAUUCAGUUGUAUGUGAACUCAAAUGUAAAUGUCAAGACGGAUGUAAACAUCGAUGUAACUGAUUUAGAAAUCACUGUUAAAUACAAAGAUGAAAUUGCAUGGUGCUGCCAGUUCUAUGCCAAAGUUGUUGAGGAGACAUGUACAGUGCAGGUUAAAGAUAAUAAGAUGGUGAUUAGUAUAGAUAAGAAAAAAGCAAGUGAGGAUUGGCAUCACCUGCAGAACACACAUGUCAAGCAAGAUAGUGAUGAAGAAUCUUCAGGUAUUCGUGGAAGCUCUUAAAAACCAAAAGGCCUAGGUCAAGCAGGCCUAGGCCCAA